UAUUGGAAGUUUUCCGGGAAAUUUUAUGUAAACACAAGGUUUUCUUAUUGUGUGUGGAAUAAUUCAAGAAAAAUAUGGAUAAAAUCCUUCUGAAUACACCAAAUGCUUGCAAAAUAAUUGUCAGGAACUUUGGGAAGCACAAUAAGAAAUGGGUUUACAAGGAUGGUGUUCGCUACGGGAAAAUUCUCUACUAUCCACGUGAUCCUGACCACCAAGACCCUCCAAUUGAACCCUCAAAGCUCUUCAUGGUCAAAAGAAUAAAACCAUUCAAGGGGAAUCCUUUCUGGGAGAAGAGAAUCCUCCGGGAUAUGGGAUUAGGUGAAAAUCAAACUGGUGAGGUGGCAAUUGUGAAGAAUACCCCAGAAAUGAAUACCCUCCUGUGGAAAGUGAAGCAUUUGGUUAGGAUCACACCAAUUGUCUUCCCAUACGGAGAACCCACGGAGGAGGACAUAAACUACACAUUUCUAAAGGAAAAUGGAGAGUGUAUUGUAGCCAAAGAGAUCAAGAUUGAUGAGAAGCGAUUGCAGGCAACGGAGGAAUUCAAAGGAGAUCAGAAGCGCCUUGAUUCGGAAACCCUCAAAAGGGAUUCCCGGCUAAAGUGGCUCAAUCCGUGGUAGAAACUAUUCUUGUAGCAUCAUACAGAUUAAAUAAUAAAUUUAUUUAGAAUUUU